UAUUGUUAAACAUAAAAAGGCCACAGUUCAUUCAAGAACCUCAUACCAAAUCAUACAGCUAGCAAAGCAUUAAAGACCCUUCUCCCUCUUCAAAAAGAAGGGAAAAAUGCAAUAAAUAAGAAGUGCAGAAAUUAACCAUUGUAAGAGAAAAGAAAGAAGAUGGAAGAGGCUGUAGAGAAAAAACAGAGUAGCAUAACAACAGUUUAUGAUGUUACAAAGAAUCCAAUGUUUUGCUUACAAGAAGCCAUAAGAGCUAUUCUUAAGUGUCUAGGUUUUGAAUCUUCAAAACCUGAGGAGUCGUCUUUUUCUUCUUCUUCUUCUUCAUCUGAAUCUUCAAAACCUGAGGAGUCGUCUUUUUCUUCUUCUUCUUCUUCUUCAUCUGAAUCUUCUUCAAGUAUGUCAGAUAAAAAAGAAGAGAGUGAAAAACAAGACAACUCAUGUGUGUUCCAGGAAGCUGGUAAUGAAGUGAAUAAGCAGCAGGGUUCAGAUUCAGCAUCAACAAAUAAUAAUAAGGAUGACCCUCCAGCUGAAGCUGAUGUUCCACCUGAGUCUCAGACACUUAUAGAAGCAGCAACAGUAAGGAGGGGAAGAUCACCAUCAAGACCUCCAGUUGGCAGGGGACCUCCUCCUCAGAACAAUUAAUUGAUAAUAUAUUCCCCUCUUUAAUUCUGAUAUCCAUUUUCAUACUUUGGUUAGGGUUGGUUGAAUUGUGUACUUUAAUCUGUUCAUAUGGUCAAUUAUCAAGAUUCAAGACUAGGUCUACUGGUCUUUUAUCUUGGUUUGAUUUCCUUGUGUCAUUGCUAUUAUCUGUUAUUUCCUGUGCUUUGAUUAUUCUAUGUUAUCUGUGUCGCUUGCGUUACUUCAUUUCCAUAUCGCUUUGAAUCUCUUAGCCGUAUCUGACCUCUUUUUAUGUUUUUAUUGAGUCGAGGGUCUCUCGAAAACAGCCAUCCUACCUUGGUAGGAGUAAGGUCUGCGUACACUCUACCCUCCCCAGACCCCACGUUGUGGGAUUUCACUGGGUUGUUGUUGUUGUUGUUGUUGUAUUGCUAUAGGUCCGUAUUUGUUUAUACACACAUAUUGUAAGAUCUAAGGAUUUAAUAUGUGCAAGUUAAUUAGUACAUAAUCUACAAGUAUUUGUCGAAUGUUGUUUUUCAAUUGUGUAAAGCUUAACGUUGAUGUCUCUUCUAAUUAGUGUAUUGUUUCUUUUCCUUGGCUCA